GCAGCAUGUUCUGGGGUUUCAUCAGCCCUGCUUCCCCUCAUCCUGAUCAGAUGCAUUGGGCUGCUGAGUACAGCAUGUUAUAGCAGCAUGUUCUGGGGUUUCAUCAGCCCUCUCUUGCUUCCCCUCAUCCUAGCCUAAUAAUAUGUAUAAGGACAUGAGAAAAGUGUGGGAAUGAGAAAAGGCCAUUGGUCCCUUAUUAACACACCCUUUGCCUAAUGGGGGGUCUCAUUUAAAAGCGCAGAAUCCAGUCUUGUUUUAAAUGUUCCCAGUGUUUUAGAUUCUACUACAUCACCUGGUGGGCUAUUUCAUGCAUUUAUAACUCUGUGUAACAAAGUGCUUCUUACCUUUUGUUCUAACCCCCCUUUUACUCAGCUUCCAUGUAUGCCCUCUUGCUGUUCUCACUGUGAUAGAUUUGAAGUCGUGUCUUGGGUUCACUUUGUCCAGACAAUUUGAAAAACUUCAAUCAAGUCCCCCCUUCUCCUCCUUCUUUUCUAUACAAGUGCCAUCAUUUUGACCUGUGGUUGCCGUGUCUGUAUGGCUCCUAGCUCAAAGCACAACACUGUGUGAAGUGUAUAUGGAAGCAGUGUUCCCCUCCAGAGUGCCUGGCUUGCAGCUUGUUCUCGAGAGCAGUUUAAAAGGGACAGGCAGGUGCAGUCAGUAAACAGACAGCAGGACAUUGAAGAAUUCUUCCAAGUGGUAAUAAAUGCUAUUGAUGACAAGGAAGUCAGAAAGGUGUAUGAAAUGGGGAUCAUCAACUCUCUCAGAUGUACCGGGUGCUAACAGGAGAUGAUUAAAGAAACAGCUAAUCUGGACAUUUCCCUGACCCUGAAAGCCAGUACUAAUGAGUACUUCAAGCACCUGGAGGAGGCUCUGAGGCACUUUGUGAAAAACGAGACUAUGCAAGGGGGUGACAAGCCCUUCUGUGGGAGCUGCGAGACCAAACAAGUCAUGAUCAGGAAAACCUCCUUCUCAACACUACCUCCAGUUCUGGUGAUUCACCUGAACAGGUUCACCCACGACUCCUGGAAAAAUGAGAACGUGAAGCUGGAACAACCCCUCCUCAUUCCAGAGACGCUGACAUUUAAAAAGGAAUCAGACGUUUAUGUUCCAGUGUGCAGCAGUUCAGAGGACUGUAUGCACUAUGAACUCUUCUCUAUCUCUGUGCAUGCUGGGAAUCUGGACAGUGGGCACUAUUAUGCUUUCAUCAAACACCACGAGGACAGGCAGUGGUACAUCUGUGAUGACACAUCCGUCCGCAAGACACACUGGAAUUAUAUUCAAAAGAAGCUGAGGAUGAAUGAUUUGAGACGACAUGACGCUCACUCAGUGACAGGCAGGCGCCGGAGCUACAGCAGGGACCAUAGCCGGAGCCAAUACUGGUGCCACAGGCCAGUGAGGACAAGUGGCUGCAGCACUGCAAUCCUAUUGAUGUAUGAGGUGAUGCAAUGAGAGUGAAAGGGAUACUGAAACUACACGGUGACAGGAGUCUGCUUGUUUAAUAUACAGGCUCAUUCACUGGAAUAUAUGAACACGUCUGUGUAUAAUCUCCCUAUUGAUGUAUGAGGUGAUGCAAUGAGAGUGAAAGGGAUACUGAAACUACACUGUGACAGGAGUCUGCUUGUUUAAUAUACGGGCUCAUUCACUGGAAUAUAUGAACACGUCUGUGUAUAAUCUCCCUAUUGAUGUAUGAGGUGAUGCAAUGAGAGUGAAAGGGAUACUGAAACUACACUGUGACAGGAGUCUGCUUGUUUAAUAUACGGGCUCAUUCACUGGAAUAUUUGCAGAAAAACACAAAGACAAUCCACAACAAAACAAUAAAACUUAGGCAAACUACUGAAGGGGGAGAGAGGGUACAGCAGUGUUGGCCUGUCCAAUAAAUCCUGUGUUGCGCUGUUUCUCUUUGAGGGAACGCACUCGACAGUACGGACCAAAUCUAGCUCCAGGUGGCAAGUCUGUAUUCCAUUAUAAGACUUCAAUAAAUACAUUUGAUGAAUCAUUCCUCCACAUCUCUCAUGCUGUAAUAAACCAUUCACAUGCGUUUCUCAGCUUUGUGUAAACACAGUGACCCCUGCUGUGCUGAAAUGAUUACACCACUUCUACCACACCCUUCCCUUCCCUUCCACAGCGAGGCCCCCACACAGAGAGAGCGUGCGUGACAGGGCCAAAAUGUGGGGAUGUGACCUAGCCAAAUAAAAUCAGUAUCAUUUGAAAUCUUGCCUCUAAAAUGUUUUUUAAUCAUCAAUACUAGUUGUU